UCUGGGGGAAUCAGUCCUCAUAAAGUAACUGAGAAGAAAACACGUGGGCUAAAAAACAUGGCAGAUUUGGACGAGACACCCUCCGGGAAUGCCACAACGAUGUCUAAGCAGACUAAAGGAUUUGGUAGAGGAUUUGGUCGUGGUGUUCUACAAGAGAUAAAUAGCGAAAACAACAAUUAUAACACAUCCAAACCAGGUGGCUUGUCAAACGGUUUUGGAAAGUCACGAAAUGAAAGUGGAUUUGGAAGCAAACCGACUUCAAAUGGUUUUGGCAACGCAGACGAAAAUUCCGGUUUCCAGAAAAGUGGUGGUUUUGGAGGAAACUUUGGCGGUGGUUCUAAAGGUUUUGGAUCCACGAAUGGCAGAAGUGGAGGUGGUUCUGGAUGUUUCAAGUGUGGCGAAGAGGGUCACAUGUCGAGAGAAUGCCCAAGUGCAGGUGGCCAAUCAAGAGGAAAAGGCUGUUUUAAAUGUGGAGAGGAAGGUCAUAUGUCAAGAGAAUGUCCAAGUGCAGGUGGUCAGUCAAGAGGAAAAGGCUGUUUUAAAUGUGGGGAAGAAGGUCAUAUGUCAAGAGAAUGCCCAAGUGCUGCAGGUGAUGGUGGCAGAAGCUCUGGGGGAUUUGGUGGUGGUGGUGGAAGAAGCUCUGGGGGAUUUGGCGGUGGUGAUGGUGGCACAAAAAGUGGGGGAUUUGGUGAUGGUGGCGGAUUUGGGGGUGCUGCCAAGAGUGGAGGAAACAGCAGUGGUUUUGGUGGUGGUGGUCAUAAAAACUCUGGAUGUUUUAAAUGUGGUGAAGAAGGUCACAUGUCGAGAGAAUGUCCAAAUGCAGAAACAAAAGAUGGAGAGAAGAGAGAAAUUUAUGUUCCACCAGAGCCAAGUAAUGAUGAAGCGGAAAUGUUUAAGAGCAUUGAAAAGGGUAUUAAUUUUGACAAGUACGAUUCCAUUCCAGUCGAAGUAUCGGGACGGUCACCAGUAUCAUUUAUUAGCAAUUUUGAUGAAGCAGGUUUAAGAGACACUUUUCUUAGAAAUGUUAGGAAAGCUAAUUAUGAUAAACCAACACCAGUUCAGAAAUAUGCCAUUCCAAUUAUUAUGGCAGGUCGGGAUCUUAUGGCCUGUGCUCAAACUGGUUCAGGAAAAACUGCAGCCUUUGUUUUACCGGUGAUAACCUGUAUGAUGAAAGAAGGCUUACAAUCAAGUCAGUUCUCCGAAAUACAAACACCACAAGCUAUUACUGUUGCACCAACCAGAGAACUUGCUGAUCAGAUAUGGAAAGAUGCUAGAAAAUUCGCACAUGGUACAGAUUUGAGGGCAGUUGUGUUGUAUGGUGGCACAUCAGUUGGGCAUCAGUUUAGACAAGUUGAACAAGGUGCACAUUUUGUUGUAGGUACACCAGGUAGACUCUUAGACACUAUUAAUAAGGGGAAAAUAAGUCUUGCCAAAUGUAAAUUCUUAAUUCUUGAUGAAGCCGACAGAAUGUUAGACAUGGGUUUCGAACCAGACAUUAGAAAGUUAGUUGAAACAAUGGGUAUGCCUUCUAAAACUGAGAGGCAAACUCUUAUGUUUAGUGCUACAUUCCCUGAAGAAAUUCAGAAACUGGCAGCAGAUUUCUUAAACGAUUACCUGUUUGUAACAGUUGGUCGAGUUGGUGGGGCUAAUACAGAUGUUGAACAAUUAUUUUUUGAAAUUGAUAGACUCGAAAAGAGAGAAAAACUUUGUUCCAUUUUGAAUGAUGCUGGAACAGACAAAACACUUGUUUUCGUAGAACAAAAGCGAAAUGCAGAUUUUCUUGCUUCAUAUCUAAGUCAAUCAGGAUUCCCAACAACAAGCAUACAUGGUGAUCGCCUUCAACGAGAAAGAGAAGAGGCUUUACUAGACUUUAAAACUGGUAAAGCUCCGAUCUUGGUUGCAACAAAUGUGGCUGCGCGUGGUCUGGAUAUUCCUGGCGUUAAACAUGUUGUAAAUUAUGACCUGCCACAAUCUAUAGAUGAAUAUGUUCACAGAAUUGGUCGAACUGGAAGAUGUGGUAAUAUUGGCAGAGCAACCAGCUUCUAUUCGCACGAUUCAGAUUCUGCCUUGGCAAAAAGUUUGGUUAGGAUUUUGUAUGAAGCAAGUCAAGGUGUACCCUCAUGGUUGGAGAGCUAUGCUGCCAGUGCCAUGGAAUCAACUGGUGGUCGUAUUGGUGGUAGGUUUGGUGGUAAAGAUAUCCGACGUAAUGAAUCUGGUGGUGGACGUGGCGGUGAUUCAAAUGAAUGGUUUGAUGGCAAUAACGCUGGUUCUAAUGCAACUGGUGGGGGAGGAGAUGAAGAAGAAUGGGAUUAAUGUGAUCCGUUUUAUAGAACCAUAAACAAUUAUCAUGGACAGUCUAAUUCCAGCUUUGAAAAUAUAUGGAGUGCUAAUUAAAAAGCUGUAUAGGCCAAAAAGUUGUGAUUAUUAUUGAAAUACAGAGACUAGAAAACUGAUAAACCUUCACAAAAUAUUUGCAACAAAUUAUGUGCUAAACAUUUUUUUUCUUCUGUUAAUAUGUUAUGUUCAAUUGUUUUUGUGUAUUACCAUAUACUCAACCCACUUUUGAAAACAUACAAAUGUAGGUUUUUAAGAGCAUUAUGAUUAGCUAUAUCGGUGUCAUCGUUUAUUUUACAUGUGACCAUGGUUAUUUCUAAGAAGAUUUUGUGAACAGUCUUUCACCUUGCAAAUUUUGUGAUUCUAAUGUUUGGAUAUUCUAAUUAUUCUUUGUAACCCAAGAGAAUCCGUCACAAACAGUGAUAAUUUUUUUUAAUUUUGAUAUUGAAAUAUGGUUAUGGAGACAUGUAAGAAAAAUAGGACUUGAUGUAAUUUGCCUAAUAUAUGGUACAUUUAAAUGGUUGGAGUCCAUGCUUUAUAUUGAGCACAAUUGUAUCUUGCUCAUAGGCCUACAUGUACAUGCAUAACGUUUUGGGUGACUUGUCUAUUAGUGAAGUUAAAGAUGACCAAAUCUGAUGUAAUUACCAUAUGUAUUCUGCUGUGUAAAUAUAACUAAAUGGUGCCAGAAAUAUCUUUGUAUUAUACAUGUACAUUUGUUCAUAGUACACCUGUACUAUUAAAGGCUAUAGAAUAGAACUUGUAUUAUACAUGUAUAGAUAUUCCAUUGAAGAAAGUCUGGUCAGAAAAGUAAACCAUUAAUUGCUACAUUAUGUGGUGAUAUUAUGUAAAUGAUAUUACAGAAAAAGAAACUUAUGAUAGUUUAUUGCUUGUGAUAGAAGUAAAUAUACUUUUCUUCAGUUCUGUGCCAAAUUAUAUUUCCAUGAGCUAAUUUAAUUUUAUUUGCAAGCAUUAUUACAUGGUUAGUGCUAUUAUUUUAACAUCUAGUAAAAUUUACUAUUUCUUUGAUCAUAUUUUUGUCUUGUUUCAUUCAAUAAAAAAAUGUUAUCUUUGGUUUUAUAA